AUGUUGAUCCCACUUUCAGUCAAGAACAAGAUUGAAUUAACUGAUGGUACAUUGCCUAAACAGUGUCCAGAUGUCGCUACCGCCUAUCAUGUAAGAGAUCAUUCAACUUUAUCUACUGGAAUUACAAAAGUGUUUGUGAGUAAAAGGUGGCUAUUUUAUGUUUCGUGUAUGAGAUUGAAGGAAAGACAAUUCUUUCAUGAAGUUCCUCUACAAGGUGAUUGCUAUAAAGUGUCCAUUGAUGAAAUGGUACCAAAUAUGAAAUCACCUCAAGACAAUGAACUUUAAAACUCAAACAAGCGCAAAACAACUUUUAUAUUGAGUGAUAACCUUCUCAAGAAAACAAGGAACAAUACUAACAAAAUGAAAGUGUAGUUAUAUCUAUUUUUUGCUGUACGAUGUUAUUGCUUUCUUUACAACUUUUUAUUAGUACAAGGUUGUUUUUUUUGAUAUUUUAAUUAGGGAUCUUAUGUAUGGAUUUGCAUUUCAAUUAUUAAUAAAUUGAUAUCUUUUUCUCGUUU